UUCUUUCUCUCAGCGCUCUCCUUCAGCUGACAGCUCAUCAAACAUGCCUGUCCUGCUGCAAAAACUCUUCCACGAUUCGUCCGUGUUUUAGCAAACAGCAGGUAAACAGAACGCACGGAUGUUUUUAUUUGGAGAUCCAGUGCUCGUUUGAAAAAAAAAACUGUGCGUAACAGCAAGGCAACAGUCCCGUCUCCAAAUUAGUCAGACGUUCCCUCACCGGCACUUUUAAAUCGACCGAGUGAGCUAUACGUACAGAGGGGUGAUGCGUACAGCCGUGGUCUGCACUAGUUUUCACCAUAUGCUGUUAUAUGUGACAUUAGUUGAGAGUCUCAAUAAUAUAAAAAUGGGAUAAAUUAAAAUACGUAUGAUUUUCCUUUGCAGCCUUUAGUGUUAUUAUCUCCUGUUAGUCAUUAGCGCCCUCCCUUAAAGCUGAGGCAGGAUAGGACACUGGACAGCUCUUGCGCCUGGAGCCACUCCUGUCCUGUUAGAUUACAAUCAGAGACAUUAAGCACAUUGUAGUGAUGUACGAUCUGUCAGUGCUACAAAGGUCUCUAAUGUUUAGGUCUAAUUUUAUGUCAUGGAGCCAAUAUCCGGGUGUCUUCACACUAGCUCCAUAGUCGGACAUUUAAAAACCUUGCUAUCUUUGCAGAAUGUUUUUUUUAUUUUUUUUUGUGCUUUACUUUUGACAGCACCAGCUGGUGCUUGUUAGCUCCUCGUGCUAGUAGAUAUUCAGCAUUCUAGAUGAGAUAGCAAACCAUUAUAUUAAUGUUAGAGGUCAACACACGAUCACACUAUGAGCGAUCACUUUGAGAAAGUGAAGAUUCAGCUCCAGCAGAUUAAGGCGUCCAGAGAGGCGGUGGAGACGGAGGCCGCAGCCGAGGAGGAGCAGCUGUCCCCGGCCUCCGUGUCUCCAGUCACCGCUGAUGUCUCGUUCGCUGAUCGUAAAAGUGGCGGAAGAAGUCGGAGUAAAACUAGGAGCAAAGCAGACGGUCAAACACAACAAGUGUCGGAUCUGAUAAAGCCAGAUCCUUUAGGACUGUGCCGUGUUUGCAAUGAGCCAGAUCUUCAAAUUAUAGGGACGGGAAGGAUAUUAAGGGGUAACACGGCGACAAAUGGUCACGUUGAGUCAUGCCAGACACAGAGGGAUGGGAAAUGUGAGCGUCAUGGUAAAGAGGAUGGGAGCAAAGUGGCCAAAAAGAGGAGACCCGUGACGGUGGACAUUUCCAAAGCCAAGACAUCGCUAGUAGCGCUGAAACUUAGCAUCAGACAACUGAAGUGGAAAGAGUUUCCGAUGGGUAGGCGGACAGCCUGUGAUAUCUACUGGCAUGGUGUGUCUUUUCAUGACAAUGAGAACAUCGUUUCUGGGCAAGUCAACAAGUUUCCAGGAAUGAUAGAGAUGCUGCGGAAGAUCAAUCUGAGUCGUGCCGUGCGUACAAUGCAGGAGCUGUUCCCAGAGGAGUAUAACUUCUACCCACGCUCCUGGAUACUGCCUGAGGAAUACCAGCUCUUCUCCACACAGAUUCGUCUCCUGAAAGAUAAUGAUUCCACCCUCAAACCUACUUUCAUUGUCAAACCAGACAGUGGUUCCCAGGGCGAUGGCAUCUACCUCAUCCGAGACCCUGCUGACCUCCGGGUUAUCUCAGGUUCUCAGAUCAAACAAGCUGUUGUUCAAGAAUAUAUCCAAAAACCCUUGCUCAUUGAUAAAUUGAAGUUUGAUAUCCGCCUCUACGUUCUGGUGCGCUCAUUGGAGCCUCUAGAGGUCUACAUCGCUAAAGAGGGUCUGUCCAGGUUUUGCACUGAACCUUACCAGGAACCUUGCCAGAAGAACCUCAGUCAUGUUUUCAUGCACCUUACUAACUAUUCCCUUAAUGUGCACAGCGGGAACUUUGUGCACUCUGACAGUUGCAGCACAGGUAGUAAACGCACUUUCUCUAGCGUUCUCUAUCGUCUGGCGUCUAAAGGAUUGGACAUCAAGAAAGUUUGGUCAGACGUUAUCGCUUUAGUUAUCAAAACAGUUAUUGCACUUGUGCCUGAACUGAAGGUUUACUACCAAGCAGAUAUACCCCCAGGCAAACCAGGACCUUCGUGUUUUCAGAUUUUGGGAUUUGACAUCCUGCUGAUGAAGAACUUGAAGCCUGUUCUACUGGAGGUCAAUGCCAAUCCCAGCAUGAGGAUUGAACAUGAGCAGGAGGUGUCACCUGGUGUGUUUGAAUAUGUACCGAGUCCAGUAGAUGAGGAGGUGAAAGUGGGGGUCAUCAGAGACACACUCCGGCUGAUGGAUCCCGCUCGGAGGAAACAACACGUAAUGACAAAUACGGGAGGCAGUUCUUCAGAGGAAGCUAUUGUCGUGAAAGCAGAAACUCUUGACAAAGAAGGUCUUGCAGAUUCUCUUCCAUCUUUGUGUUUAAAAGAAGUCUUUCCCAAAUACACCAAGCAGUUCAAUUACCUGCGGGUAGUCGAGCGCAUUGCUGGCAUUUUCCUGCGCUUCCUCGGGGUUAAAGGAACCAUGAGACUGGGUCCCACCAGUUUCCGCACCUUCAUCAGGAACUGCAAACUGAGUAACAGCAGCUUCUCGAUGGCAUCAGUGGACAUCCUGUACAUUGACAUCACCCGUCGCUGGGCUGGAAUGCUCCCAGAAUCCAGAGAAGCAGGCAUGUGUCUGCAGGCAUUCAUUGAGGCCUUUUUCUACCUGGCAGCACGCAGGUACAAGGAUUUACCCCUACGGGAGCAGGUGCUCUCAAUGCUGGAGGUGUGUGAGGGAUCCCUCGAGGGACAGGGCCACGAGAAGCCACGGCCACAUAGAUCGCACACAAACACUAUCCCCACUUCUGCCCACUCAUCAGCACCAACCACGCUCAACUCCCCUGCCCUGACACGCCGACACAAAGACCAUCGGCAGCAUCAGACAUUGCAGCCCUCUGCUAAGGGAAACACAGACAAUUGACAAUCUCACUCAUGCAAACAAACAGCUCCAUAUCUUCAGAGGAGUGUUUAGAGCUUUUAGAGGGCAAAGUAAUGGACUUUAGUUUAAAUAAAUACAUAGAGAGAAAUUAACAGAAUAUUUUAAAAUAUAGAAGCCAGGGUUGAAGUGGUCCUUUGAAGUGGUGCACUCUUUUAUUUCACCAUCGUCACUUAAAGGGAUGGUUCAUCUCCCAUCUGUUAUCAUUUACUCAACUUAAUGUUGUUCCAAACAUGUACGACUUCAUUUCUCUGUGGAGCUUAAAUGGAGGUGUUGGCAGAAUGUUAGCCUCAGUCACUAUUUACUUUCAUUACAUCUAUUUUUUUCUCCAUACAAUGAAAGAGAAUGGUUACUGAGGCUUACAAUCUGUCUAACAUCAUCUGUGCUUCAAGGAAGAAAGUAUACACUACACUAAAACAAAUGUGGUGGAGAAUAUGCAUGUUGGUGUAUGUGUUCUGAUGCAAGUGCAGCAAGAGUCAGGCAAUUGUUUCAGUGCUAAACGUGUAGACAGACUAUGCACGAGCAAGUGACUUGUGUUGUAUUGUUCAUAUGUGCUUACCAUUAGGUAAUGCAAGUAGCAUUUGUAUGCAUCGAUCACUGCAGGGAUAAGUACAUCCCUCCAUGACAAUAUCAGGGAUGUUGAGAUUCUGUUUCUUAAAGGGACAGCGUAUUGUCGUAAUUACACUUCACUUCAGAAAAGCAGCUAAUUACCUUAAUGGCCACCUUUAACUGACUAAGCAAAACAACACAGGGGCCUUUUUCUUUGGAAAUGGUGUUAACACCGGGAUAUGGUACAAAAUGUACUAAAAGUUUACGAAAUUGUUUUAUUUAUACUUACUGAGUUUUAUUUAUUACAUUUUGAGUUCUAUUGUAGUUCACUUUAGUUUUACUGAACUGACAGAUCUGCUCCCACAGGUAGGGAUUAUGAAAGGAAAAAAAGGGGGUUUCUUUGAUUAAAGGCAAUUUAAUCUGUCACAGGAUAAUCAUAUAUUAGUUAAUUUAUACAAAUUAUUCAACUAAUUUAAUAUUGUAUUACAACUAGAAGCAUCCACACGUAAAUAUUAGACUUGUCUGAUGGUACUGUUGAGUAAACGAGCAUUCAAAUUUAAGUGUUUUAUAUGGUUUGAUUUUAUUUGUCUAUUUUGUGAAAGUUUGCGUUUAUUUUCUGAAAGCAUGCAUAAAACUUGAUUCUGGCAUAUAGCAACCAGUGUUAUCUGAAUUUUGCAAUCAUUUUGAAAAUCAACUCACUGAACACUUAGAAACGUUUCUCAGAUAACAGCAAGCUGACUGAUGUACUUUAAUUGUAAUUCACUUAAUUUGUUUAUCUUAAAAAAAAACAGACAGUACUAUUCCAUUCCCAUUUUGUUUGUCAGCUGAAUUAUUUAAUAAUGAGGACAUUAAAGCAGGCCUAUGAAAUAACUAAAUAAAAACUUUAAUUAUUCUAGUUGCAAAUGUACAUACAUUGCACAGCCACAAUUGUAUAGUUCUUAACAUGGACACAUUUCUCUGUACAUUAUUGUUCUUGUCAUUGUCCUAAAACAAAGGCAAGUGUUCAGCCAAUCCUUUACACAUAAUUACAAAACUCUUUUCUACAAGUAUUAUAAAACACACACCAUAUUUUAUGUAUUUGUUUAUAGAUCUGUAUAUCUUUUUAUCUUUUAUUUCACAUAGAUACUAUUUCACAUUGACAUCUGAAAAAACAAUGAGCAAAUAGUUUUACUUGCAGAGGUUUUAUAAACUUUGAGAACUGAAAAGAAGCAGGAUAAAGACACAUCUGAUGAAAGAAAUUGAGACGACAGCAGUCUUUUUCAUUCAAUACUGUUCUAAAAAAAAAAUUUUUUUUGACUCACCAGUAGCUUCUGAAGUGGCUGAAAAUAGACACCAUGACUCUGCAAGGCCUCGGACAUCAUUAAAAACAACAUGAACAAACAGAGGAGUUGACAGCUGUGUCUGAGAAAAUUGGUGAAAAUAAAUAUUGGUUCCCUUUCGUGCAAUGACCCUAGAUACUGAUCCUUUUUAUACAGAUGGUGUACAGUGCUGAAGUGUUAAAUACAUGCAAAAAUACUUUACCAGAACUAAAAAGAGCAUGUGAUUGGAUGAGCUAUUAACACAGUCCAACCAUUAGUCAUGGAACAUGUACACAUGGCUACAUGUAAUUUGGUACAAUUCAUACAUACAUUGUUGAGAUUAAAAAGUACUUCAGUGGCUUAAUAAUGAUCACCUUGAAUUUCCAAUUUCUCAGUGGAGUGAAGUAAAUCCAAGUGGACAAAACAAAGGACUUGGAAAAUGUUCAGUCAGGGAAAAAAGUGCAUAGUCAUAAGACACCUUUCAGAAGCGUGGGCGAGGGAUGCUGUUUGUGCUUGGAAAUGUUCUCUACCGUACUCCAUCCCUUGCUAUCAGACUGAGUGCCUCAGCUUAAGACCAAAUUUCAGAUACAAAUCAGUACGUCAAAAACCAAUGUAAUAAUUUAAUUUGCUUUGGAGUGACCUUGGGGUUUGCUUUUAUAUAAUAUUAAAUUAUUCACAUAAUACUCCAUCACAGAACUCGUAUAUAGAGUAGUCUCCUUAAAAAUAACAUUUCUAUUUUACAUGUCCUAGGACUCUUUGCAACAAAAUAGAGGCAUAUCAAGUGUCUCACUUUGACAAACACAAAUAAAAGUUCAAUGAAAACUGCAGCGUCCCGCUGUACUUCAGUGCAGAGCAAAGAAGUCCUUAUUAAAAUAAUACAAAAAUAUACAAACUCUAAAUGCUGACAUGGCAAGUGUGCAGCAAAUUGGAUUGAUGAGGCAACACACAUGUAUAAAAAAUUAUCAGACAUGUACAAAUAAUAAUAAUAAUAAAAAAACAUUCUUAAAAAAAAGAAAAUAUAUAUUUCCUUUACAAGUAAAACAAUUAAUUUGGGAUUUUUUUUUUAUUAGACUAACAAGCUUUACUGGGGCUAUAUAGGGAGAAAACAUGAUAAGAAAAAGCCAAUGUAAAACUACAAACUUAAAUUAUGUAGAUCUGGUUUAGUGUACACCAAAACAUUCACUCUGCAUCUUUUCAGCAAUUUGUGCUAAAUUUAAAAUCUUGGCAUUUAUGAAAUAGACCUGGAAUAACAUUUAGGAUUGUUUGGUGUUCAUUUACAGAAUGGAAACUUUUGCCAUUCAAAAUGUUGUCAAAAUAUUUCCAUUUGUCCAGAUAAAAUGUACGGAGACCCUUACAGAACAGGGCGAGAUUGUUUUUUUCUGAAAUAGUUUUGAGCUUGCUUGCAAAAAGUUUUGCAUUCCCCCGCAGUAGUUUUUCGUAAAACCAUAGUUCAAAUAUGGUAUUUGUAUAGUAAACACAUAAUGUCAACAAGGUUUUGGUUUCCCUGUAUUAUCACUAUGGUUUCACUAUGAAUAUCAAGGUUAAAAUAUGGUUACUGUAGUAAAACAAAGGUAAAUUAAUGCAGGGGAAUAUAAAACUAUUGCAAGGUAAUGCAACUAGUGUUUGAGGGGAUGCAAAACUAUUUCAGAAAAAAACAAAUUCCCGCCCUGUCCAGUAAUAACCAAACAAUUAAAAAAAAGAAAAAAUCAUGGUAAAAACCUGAAGAUGAAGAAUGUAAAAUAUAUUCUUUGUAAAAUCUAUGUACAUUAUAAUCCAUCAUAGAUGUUCAUCUUAACUGUAAAAAUAAUUUACCAAGACUGGGACUGUGCGAUAUUAUAGGUGCAAUCUUUUUUUUAAGGCUUCUCAUGAUGGAGAGUCAAAGUGCACUAUGUACACUGAUCAGCCACAACAUUAAAACCACCUGCCUAAUAUUAUGUAGGUCCCCAUCGUGCCUUCAAAACAGCUCCAACCUGCAUCUCAGAAUAGCAUUCUUCAGGGGGCCUGGGUAGCUCAGCGAGUAAAGACACUGACUACCACCCCUGGAGUCUUGAAUUAGAAUCCAGUCAGGUCUCCUAAGCAACCAAAUUGGCCCGGUUGCUUGGGUGGGUGGAGUCGCGUUGGGUUAACCUCCUCGUGGUCAGUGGGGCGCGUGGUGACUUGUGCGUGGAUGCCGCUGAGAAUAGCGUGAAGCCUCCACACGUGCUAUGUCUCCGCGGUAACGCACUCAACAAGCCACGUGAUAAGAUGCACGACAACUGAGAUGCUAUUCUUCUCACCACAAUUGUACAGAGCAGUUUUCUGA